GGUGGCUAGAGCGAAGAGGGGUCCCGGUCCCCACGGCCUGUGAAUGAUUGGCCCGCCCACCCGCUGUGCCGCCUCCCACCUCCGCCCUGUCCCGCACCACCCUGCUGACUCACGCGCUCCCGCCACCACCUGGCAGGAACCACAGAGAGGGCAGGGUAUAAGUGCCCAGAGAGGCGGCCGCUCCCCGCCGCCGAGCACGGCAGAUGGGGCGGAUGGCCCGGUGCGGGGCUCUGCUCCAGCUUCUGCUGCUGCUUGCAGCCUCCUGCCUGCACGCUGGUGAGGCCUUCAGAUGCUUUACAUGUGAGCAGCCCACGGCCAUUCCUUUAUGCAAGAACAUUACUCGCUGCAAGCCGGAGGCCACGGCCUGUAUGACUACGCUGGUGCUGAUGGAGGCCGAGUACCCCUUCAACCAGAUGCCCCUGGUGACCCGGUCCUGCUCCAACUCCUGCUUUGCCACCGACCCCGACAGCAUAGGGAGCACCCGCGCUGUCUACUGCUGUUUCCGCGAUCUGUGCAACUCCGUGCAGGCCACCAGCCAGCCAGCCGGGCAGCAGCAGCCUCGGCCGCAGCUGAACCUCAGACCCCUGCUUCCCCCUCCUGAGGCCUGCCCCCCACCCGCAGGCCACGGCCUGGCUCGGCAGCGCUGUGCGGAGGUGGAGGCAGGAGACACGUCCAGUACACUGCACAUCGGCAGCCUUGGGGCCUGA